AUGUCUAGCCAGCCUCUUCUCCAGACUGCUCCCGGCAAGCGCAUCGCCCUGCCCACUCGUGUCGAGCCCAAGGUCUUCUUCGCCAACGAGCGUACUUUCCUCUCAUGGCUCAACUUCACCGUUAUCCUCGGUGGUUUGGCCGUCGGUCUGCUGAACUUUGGUGACCGAGUCGGUCGCAUUUCCGCAGCUCUCUUCACCAUCAUCGCCAUGGCUGCCAUGAUCUACGCAGUCGUCACAUUCCAUUGGCGAGCUCAGAGUAUUCGUCGCCGAGGCCAAAGUGGCUUCGAUGACCGAUUCGGUCCUACUAUCUUGGCCAUCGCUCUCCUGGCUGCUGUGGUCGUCAACUUCAUUCUGCGUAUGCAGGAUGAUGAACUGAACUGA